AUGGCUUUCCCCGUCCCACUGGGCCAGGAGCUCACCGAAGCUGUCAACAGAGACCUCCCUCCCCCGGAUUACCAUGUCUCGCCACCCAAAUUGACAAUUUGGCAGAUUCUCUUGGGCCAAAACCCUGAGAAACACCGCGAAAAGGCCAAAUUCAUGCUCAAUGGUGCUGCCGCCGGCAUGGGCAGACAGCCAACCCAGCUGGAGGCCGAUGCACUAAGCGAGAUCAUUUACAAAGAGAGCCGCACCAUCUCCUAUAUGUUGCCCGCGGCGCUCGCUCUCGCCGGCAUCUUGUCAUGGCAGAGCCGCGCCAGCUACAAGUUCCCUUUCUACCAGCCCAAGUUCAUCAAGUUCAACCCAAACGUGUUUCCCCACGCGGGGAGGCCAUUCGUCCAAGGCAUACAAGCAAACCUCAUCUGGCACAAUACCAGAUUCUUUUGCUACGGUAUCGUCUCCGCACUCUUCACGGGUCCAGUGCUGGCAUCGUACGGCACCUCCGUCGCCAUUGCGAGCGCCGCCCGCGACGACCGGCUGAGCCAGUUCCGGAAGGACAUGCAGCCCGCGAGGCUUAUUUCCAUGACCGCGGACCAGAUCCCUCUGUCUAACCUUCGUGCGCAGAGGUCCAAGGUUUCGAAUACCAUCUCUAAAAUGGAGGAAGAUCUUCGAUUGAAGAAGCGCAUGCUCUCCAUGGCAAACACCGAAAAACUUGCGCAGGACUACACAUCACAGAUAGAAUACGUCGAAUCUCGUAUGCGGGAGUACAAGACCUUUCUGGGUGAGCUGGAUGCUGCCAUUUCCCGGAGAAGCGGUCAGACCGGCGAGGGCGACGACAUGUCUCAGGACCAGCAGGCCUACGCUUCUCUCGGCGCGUCAAGCUCGGCAGAGUACCAGGUCCAGGAGCCCCAAAGCAGUUCUCGUCCCGUCUACACAACUCAGAGUGAGACCCCAUCGUCGCAGAACGGCUGGGGCCAGCAAAGCACGACUCCGGGUUGGGGCAAGGCCGAUGCAUCAGACGGCCUCGACAUUGACGAUGCAUCACCAAUUGCUCCGGAAGCGAGGUCGGCGCCCCAAAGCUCUUCGCCCACCGGCACCGGUUCGGCCUGGGACCGCCUGCGACAGUCUUCGCAGCGACAGCAGAGGCCGUCCGGUAACACUUGGGAAGGGUCACAAGGCCAGCGGGGUCAGUCUGGAGACUCAGACGUGUCUUCGGAGAAGGAUAAGGCUCAGAGGCAAUUCGACGAGAUGCUCGAGCGGGAGCGGAGAACUGAUGAUCAGGGUAGCGGCAGGAACAGCCGCUGGUGA